AUGGCUUACCCAUUUCAAUUAGGCUUACAAGACGCCACAUCACCUAUCAUAGAAGAACUAACAAACUUCCAUGACCAUACUCUAAUAAUUGUCUUCCUAAUUAGCUCCUUAGUACUAUAUAUUAUUACACUAAUACUAACUACAAAACUAACUCAUACAAGCACAAUAGAUGCCCAAGAAGUAGAAACAAUCUGAACUAUCCUCCCAGCCGUAAUCUUAAUCCUCAUUGCACUCCCAUCUCUUCGGAUUCUUUACAUAAUAGACGAAAUUAACAACCCUGUACUAACAGUAAAAACUAUAGGCCAUCAAUGAUAUUGAAGUUAUGAGUAUACAGACUACGAAGACCUAUGCUUUGACUCAUAUAUGAUCCCAACAAAUGACCUAAAACCAGGUGAACUUCGCUUACUAGAAGUAGACAACCGAGUUGUCCUACCAAUAGAACUGCCAAUCCGCAUGCUAAUCUCAUCAGAAGAUGUACUACACUCAUGAGCCGUUCCUUCCUUAGGCUUAAAAACAGAUGCUAUCCCAGGUCGACUUAACCAAGCUACAAUCUCAUCUAACCGACCAGGACUUUUCUACGGCCAAUGUUCUGAAAUCUGUGGUUCAAAUCACAGUUUCAUGCCCAUUGUCCUUGAAAUAGUACCACUGAAACACUUUGAAAACUGAUCUGCAUCAAUAAUCUAA